UUCCGUUCACUCUGUCGGCUGCUCGCUGCGUGAACUUGCUGCGCCUUUGUGACGGUCACGGUGGUGGUGGGGGCCGGCCGCCGCAGACAUCAGCAGGCGGGGAGGGGAGCGACGCUUUCCGCCCGCCAGCCCCCCGGAGCAGAGCGAGCGAGCAGGAGGGGGCGGGUGGCGGUCGGUGCUUCGAGCCGAGCCGAGGCGAGGACGACACGGGAGGAGAGAGGCGCUCGGGACCCGCAGCCUGCCCGGCACUGACAGGAAUGUUGCGAGGUCCUGGAGUCGGUGGACGCAUUCGAACCGGCGGCGCAGCAACCGCGGAAGAACGCUCGCCUUGAACUCUCGGUUUGACUCCCUCCCACGUUCAACGUUCAACGUUGAACCCAUCUGCACCCGGACACCACAAUCAAGGCGGGGCUCUUUUUGGUUCUCCGCGGACCGCCAACACCUACAAGCUCCGCCUCCUCCCGCCUCCUUGUAGAUCUACGAUCUCCACUCAGGACCGUGAGGCGGGAGGCUCGCAAGGGCGAUGAUUCCACAUGAAGCACGAGGCAGUCGGCCCCACGUCGUCUUUGGCGGCAGCAGCAGCUGUGGCGUCGUGACGCUCUCGGGCUCGCCGUAGAGUCGCCCCCGGAAACCCAACCUUCUCCCCCUUUGUCCCUUCGCCCUUAAGGUUAGACAACGAUUAGAAGGAGUGUGGAAAGUGAGAACAAAAGCCAGAGGAAGGCGGGAUCACCGAAAAGCAAGGAUCAAGAACGUACUUGAGCAGGGAUCAGGAUGAAGUCCAAUCAUGAACGGAGUAAUGAAUGUCUGCCCCCAAAGAAGAGGGAGAUCCAACCCAGCAAGCUGCCGUCAGAAAGCCGUUCCCCGAUCGUACCGCCUCCCGCCGCCGAGUCUCAGCCCCCCGAGAACGUGGCCUGGCUGGUGGCCGGCGGGAACGGGAGCACCGCGAGCGCCCAUCGGAGCACCGCCGAGUCGGACGGCCACCACUAUAAAUGCCUCUCCUCCACGUAUGACUCCAUGAGGCUGGUCUCGUCCCUUCCUGCCGUCUACACGUCGCCCCUCUCCCAGACCCAUGUGGGAGGAACGGUCCAUUACACCCAACUGCCGCCCAAUCUACAAUUCAUCGCGUCGCCUUACAGCGCCCCUUACGCCGGCUACAUUGCUCCUCAACUUCUUCCGCCUCCUCCUCCGCCGCCACCCCUCUCCUCUUCCUCCUCUCAGAGGUUGUCGUCGCACCCGGAGACGCACUCUGCUUCCUCGCAAGCCUCCAAAUAUGACCACCAGCGAGCGUCUAUCCUGUACACUUCCGCUAUGCCUCCGCCGCCCACCUCCUCCCUGCACCACCAUCAGUCCCUGGGUGCACACUACACAGAUAGAGGAACCACCAGAAAAGAGGAGGGCGGCGAAGGCUCCAGAGAGCUUCACAACGGGGGACUGGAGCUGAGCCGGAGGUUUGGUGCCACGCCGGAGAAAGCGGUCAAAUCGCGUGACGCCUACGAGGCCUGCCAGCUAGUUCUCCCGUCGGACUACGCUCACGACCCCUCGGCUCUGAGAACCUCCGUCAUGCUCAUGCCCAACAGCCGUGGCGACCACCAGCUGGCACCAUCCCGGGGCAGCCCUGGGAAGACGCACCUGGAGAAAGGCAGCAUCCUCCUGGGAAAGCCGGUCAACCGCACCCCACCCUCCGCCAACCACUCUUUUACAUUUCCGCCCCCCUUAAGUGUAGACAAUCUAAAAGCUGCUGUCAGCCCCCUAUCGCCACAGACUGUUAUCCAGACGACUCACAAUUCGACGGUGGAACCCCACGCCACGGGGCUCCCCCCCACCAGUAUCUACCCCCAGUCCCCAGUGAUUGGUUACAUAACAGGGGCCAGCGGCAGCCAGCACGCACCAAUCAGCUACCAUACCGGCCUACAGCAACACGUGCUCAUCGCAGGCGCCCAGCCGGUCAUCCUCCCGGUCAGUGGAAGUGGUGUGACCACCCUGGAGCCCCCCACGUCCCAGGUGGCGACGUCGUCCACCCAGGCCUACAGAGGAGAAACUCCAGGCGACCACGGCGGCUCAUACCACCGGGUCGCCACGGGCGCGGUGGUUCAAGCCCAGCUCCACCUGCCCAUGGUUCCGUCGGUGGCGCCCGCCACACCGUCGAGCGGGGCGGCGGCUCCCCCGUCUCUGCCGGCGUAUUUCGUCAAAGGCUCCAUCAUCCAGCUGGCGGACGGUGAGCUGAAGCGCGUGGAGGAGCUGAAGACGGAGGACUUCAUCCAGAGCGCUGAGAUCAGCAGCGAGCUGAAGAUCGACUCGUCCACGGUGGAGCGCAUCGACGGGAGCCGUGCCUCGCCCAACUUUGCCGUGGUUCAGUUCUCUGUGGGCGAGUACCGUUCACAGGUCAGCGUAGAGGUCUUGGUGGAGUAUCCCUUCUUCGUCUUCGGCCAGGGAUGGUCGUCAUGCUGCCCGGACCGGACCACCCAACUCCUGGAGCUGCCUUGCACCAAGCUCUCUGUGGGCGACGUUUGUAUUUCGCUCACCCUCAAGAACAUGAGGAACGGAUCCCUGACCAAGACUCACACCGCGGAGCUCGUCCCCACUUCCUCAGCCCCAGCCCACCGAGCCCCCAAGACCGUCUCCGGCGUCCCCCAGAGCUCCAGUGGAGGUGGCUCCAGACACGGGGAGCGGGAGAACGGCGUCGGUCCACCGGGGAGCGUCGCCGCUUUGGAAAACGGGGAUCUCGGGUUCGGGGAAAGAGGAUUCAUUUUGAAAGAGGACACUGGGAAGCCUACCGUUGGCGGCAGAAAGCGCAGAUGGUCGGCCCCCGAGGGUCGGAAAGUGGAGAAAGCCGAGGAGCCGCCCUUGACCUUGGCCAAACCAUCUUUUAUCCCUCACGAGGUGAAAGUCACCAUCGAGGGAAGGUCGACUAUUGGCAAGUGAAGACAUCGGGAUUCCUUGCAAAACCACGAAUGCCCACUUUCUUUAGGUUCUUUUUGAAAAUCUUGAAUACUCUACUGUAGAGACAUGUUGUCACUUUAUUAUUAAGUCAUGUAGUCCGACACAAACAAUCUGUGCAGUUUUUUGGAUGGUUUUCACACGAUCUGGUAAAAGCGUGCUGGCUCGUGUGGCGCACGUUAGCUUGUAGCACGUUAGCGUGACUUGGCAAUCUUGUUGCGUGAGAGAGAGAGCGAGACACACAGAGAGAGAGAGAGAGAGAGAGAGAGAGAGAGUGAAAGAGAGAGAGAGUGAGAGGGAACAAGACUUCUUCACGUCGUUAGCUCAGCGUUUUAGCCUUCCGGCCAAGUUUUGAUCCUUCUUCUUCUUGUGUUUCACCAGUUUUAAAUGAUUGUCAAACAAUUCUGAAUCAGGGGUUAUAAAAAGUGGUAGGUGGAACUGUGUCAGGUCAGUGUUGGUUUUAUAGAUAAUAGAUAUAAAACUUUGUAUUACUGCAAACACACUGGGGUUGGCGAAUGUUCGUGUUUGGCGAUAAAAUUUGACUUUAUAUUUUUGUAACGAGAUUGGAAGAGAGGCUGUCUGAGAGGAUUUUGGCUUUUGGCUAUUUUUAACGCAGUACUGUAUGUUUGUUGGGGGGGGGGGGGUGUAACAAGUAGCAGCAGCAGCACUUUUG